AUGGCAACAGCAUCAUCAUUUAAAGACGAAACGCAUCCAUUCGCAGCAGAAAGAAGUGCUCAUCCAACGGCUACAACAUCUGUUCGAAUAGCAAAUCCUGGAUAUGAUCAUCGUCAAUCACCUAAUGAAGGUAUUGGUGCUUGUGGAUGGGCAUUAGUUAUUCUAUCUUAUGUAUUGGUUGUUAUUACAUUUCCAUUCUCAUUAUGUCUUUGCAUUAAGGUUGUUCAAGAAUAUGAACGAGCUGUUAUUCUUCGUCUCGGUCGUAUUUUACCAGGUGGUGCUAAAGGUCCCGGUUUAUUUUUUAUCUUACCUUGUGUCGAUACAAUCAUAAAAGUUGAUUUACGAACGGCAACAUUUAAUGUUCCACCACAGGAAGUGUUAACACGUGAUUCAGUAACAGUUUCAGUUGAUGCUGUUGUUUACAGUCGUGUUUUUAAUCCAAUUAUUAGUGUAACAAAUGUUAAAAAUACACAAUAUGCAACACAAUUACUUGCUCAAACAUCAUUACGAAAUAUUCUUGGUACCAAAACACUUCAAGAAAUUUUAAGUGAUCGUGAAACAAUUGCAAAUAGUAUGCAAGUUCAUCUUGAUGAAGGAACUGAUCCAUGGGGUGUUAAAGUUGAACGUGUUGAAAUUAAAGAUGUUCGUUUACCUCAAUCAAUGCAACGAUCAAUGGCUGCAGAAGCUGAAGCAAGCCGUGAAGCUCGUGCUAAAGUUAUAGCUGCUGAAGGUGAACAAAAAGCAUCAAGACAAUUAAAAGAAGCAGCCGAUGUUAUUGCUGAAUCACCUAUUGCUUUACAAUUACGUUAUUUACAAACUUUAACACAAAUUUCAGCUGAGAAAAAUUCAACAAUCAUUUUUCCUAUUCCUAUUGAAUUACUCAAUUUAGUUAAACCUAGAGUGUAA